GAAGGAUCUCUUCAUUCAACUGAGGAAUAUGUAAAUGCUGUUAAGCAUUUAAUAAAUAUUCCUGAAGCAAAAGUCUAUAUAGAAAUGCAAGUACUAGUAGCACCAAUGGACUAUCCCAGGCAACUUCAUGUACGGCGUGGAAUUACUCGUU